UUAGGCUCUCAGCUCUAUCACUCGCUAUUAUGCGUGGUGUUACAUUUUCUCAUCCUGCGGCUGAUGGGGCGGACGGUCACGGCGGUGAUAACCGGAUUCUGCUUCCAGCUGGGUUAUCUACUGUUUGGCUACUACUACACCGCCACCGACGACUACGAUAUCAAGUGGACUAUGCCUCACUGCGUUCUGACACUCAAGCUAAUUGGACUUGGCUUUGAUUACUACGACGGUGGGAGAGCCAUGACGUCGCUGACACCGGAGCAGCAGCGUUACGCGGUGCUGGGGGUCCCCACGCUGAUGGAGGUCUGCGGCUUCUCCUAUUAUUAUGGGGGGUUUUUGGUGGGCCCCCAGUUCCCUAUGGUGAAGUACCUGAGCUUGGUGAAGGGAGAGCUGAGCGAUGUGGAGGGGCAAAUUCCUAACAGCGUUGUGCCGGCCAUGAAGCGCCUGUGCCUUGGACUCUUCUUCCUGACGGUGUACAUGGUGCUCGGCCCCUACCUACCCGACAGCUACUUCCUGACAGAAGAGUAUGCAAAUCAGCCUCUCUGGUACCGCUGUGUCUACAUGACGGUCUGGGGGAAGAUCACGCUGUAUAAAUAUGUGACUUGCUGGCUGGUGACGGAAGGUGUCUGCAUUCUGUCCGGCUUGGGCUACAAUGAGAAGGACGACCGAGGCGAGCCGCGGUGGGACGCCUGUGCCAAUAUGAAGGUGUGGCAGUUCGAGACCACGCCCCUUUUCACAGGAACCAUCGCAAGCUUCAACAUCAACACCAAUGACUGGGUGGCGAGAUACGUUUUCAAACGUCUCCGAUUCCUCGGGAACAAGGCCAUCUCUCAGGCCGCCGCCCUCUUCUUCCUCGCCAUCUGGCACGGCUUGCAUUCUGGAUAUCUCCUCUGCUUCUCCCUGGAGUUCCUGAUUGUCGUAGUGGAGAAAAAGGCCAUUGAGUUGGUGAGGGACAGUCCUCUCCUCUCACAGAUCAGCUCCAUGUCCCUCCUGCGUCCUCCUAUAUAUCUGGUACAGCAGCUCAUCCAUUGGCUCUUCAUGGGAUACCCGCUGGUGGCAUUCUGCCUUUUCACCUGGGACAAGUGGCUCAAGGUGUACUUAUCGGUCUAUUUUAUGGGCCAUUUAUUCUUCUUAUCGCUGCUCUUUGCACUGCCUUAUGUACGGUUAGUCCUGGUGCAAAAGAAGGACAAGCUGCAGAAGUCCCACUGACAGUGUUCAAUGAUUGUACAACGCUCCUCGCUCUUCUGGCAAUGCUGGGAAUGUCCUUCAAUCCUGUUGUUUUUUUUUGGGGGGGGUUCAGCAUUAAGAACUUGAGGUUCAAGGAGUCAUCACUGCCAGGAGGGACACGAUAUGCUGAUACUAACUUUUUUUCCUUUUUUUAAAAACAAACUUCUUGUCUGCUGCCGAUUGGCGGGGGCAGAUUCUCCACCAACGUUUUAUAGACUUUUCUACCGUCCGGGUUCUGUAUCCCGGACUCUCUUACUUGAACUUUUUAGGUUUUUUUGAAGACUUUUCACCCAAGAAAGACGUUUUUCGAUGAUCGGCUUCCUUCUAAUCGCACCACAGAAAUCAGAAAAAAUAAAAUAAAAACACGAUUCUGACGUCA